AUGCCUUCUCCCGAGUCUCAGAAACACAAGGAGCUACGGGGUGCGCUCCGUGCCCUCGCGAAACACUUUAAUAGUCUCGAGACACAUCAAUUCGAUUACAGCCAUCUAAAGACGCACAAAGUAGACGUCUUGCCCAUGGAUCUAGAUAAUUCUAAGACUAGACCAAAAUUUUUUACCCCUUGCGCUGCCUCUCUAUUAAUGAACCCUGAUUAUGAAUAUGACCGGACCAGGAGAACAUAUUGUGACUUUGAUUUAGUCAGCCCAAUUCGCAGACUCCCAAUAGAUUGUGCGCGCAACAUGAUUAGUUAUUUCUCCUACUACAUAUUUGCCAGCAAUCUUCAAAGCAAUGACUAUAUUCAUGGCAAGUGGUCUAGUAUCAGUGUUGAUGAUACACCUUUUACGGGCUUGUUCGAUCAUGCUUCUCCUGAAUAUGGAACCCCCACGGCCGCUGAAUAUACAGACUAUUCAUGUACGCAUAUAAAAGCCAUGAUCUAUAAUGAUCUGGAAGGUAAUGAUAGUCAACUUCUGCGAGGAGAGAUCGUGAUUGCUCUCCGCUUGAUUUAUGGACAAUUCAGGAGGCUCCGUUUUUUCGAACAUCUGACUGCCCCGGUUCUUCUUUUCUCCUUCAUGGGGCCCCAACAUGCCCGGAUCAUCGAAGCAUAUUUUGAUGGCAGCUCGCUGGUAAUGCGUCCAACUCGGCUAUUUGAUCUUCGUAAGAAGGACGAGGCCUUGAUUAAAACUUUUGGGCAGUGGUAUCUUGGAAGCCCGACUGGAGACACUAAAGUUCUUGGAAGCUGUAAUCCUGACCCUUUACAGACAUGA